AUGUUUCAAUUACAGCCAACUUGCGAAUAUCCGUAUGAAUGCGAAGCAUGGAUUCGAAUUUUUCAACGAUUCGACGUUAACCAUGACGGGUACAUACCAACACAUGAACUUAAAAGAUUUGUUCGGGAUUCAGCAAAAUCUCUGGGGCUUCAGUCCACCGAAGCCAAAGAACUGUUGGACAAUGUUGACGUGAACAGGGAUCAUCUGGUUGAUUUUGCUGAGUUCUGCCUUCUGAUGAGUAAAGCCAAAAGAAUGCGUUUAAGAAGAGUGAUGUUUCGGGCUGCACAAAUGGUGGUACCAAAAGGAAUUCGUACAAAACCGUUCAGUUAUCUGCAACAGUACAACUGUUUUCCACCUCCGCUUUUCAUGCUUUUCAUCAGCAUAAUUGAGGUGGCAUUUUAUAUUUAUUACGUACUCGAAAUGGAGGUCGGUCUUGAUUUAAGUAAACCAUCGACCACAGGAGUAACAUUAAUGAAGUCACCGUUAAUCUUUAACCCGGAAAAAUUGGAGGAAGUGUGGCGUUUCUUAACAUACAUGCUCGUGCAUGUUGAUUUCUUUCAUCUAGCUUUCAAUGUAUUAACUCAGCUCAUACUUGGCAUUGCACUCGAACUGGUACACAAGUUAUGGAGGGUUUCUGCAGUUUACAUUGCAGGAGUUUUGGCAGGUUCGCUUUUGGUUUCGGUGGUGGACCCAUCGGCUUAUUUGGCUGGAGCGUCUGGAGGUGUUUAUGCGCUGCUGGCAGCGCAUAUUUCUGAAUUAUUAGUCAACUGGUCCGAAAUGGAAUUUGCUGCUAUCCGCGCACUAAUUUUAAUCAUUCUGAUCGGAAGUGAUCUUGGAGUUUCCAUCUACCAGCGUUACUUUGAAGUGGAAGCCACUACUAUAUCCUACACUGCACAUAUUGGUGGAUUUCUGGCUGGCGUGCUCAUGGGGAUCAUUGUUCUACGGAAUUUCCGGAAGAAACCUUGGGAGAAAGUGUUGUGGUGGAUUUCCACCACUGCAGUAAUAUUUCUGACUGCAACAUUAAUUGUACUCAAUAUCGGACCGCGGGUUUUAUGA